AUGGCGACUUACCACAGGUAUUUGAUCCUGUUGAUGAUGAGUCGGAUAUUAUCAACAUCUGUGGCAGAAAGUUUUUCGACAAAGGAUGACUUAGUUGUUGCCAUCAAAGAAAUGCAGAAAGCCAACCACUUCAGCUUUGUGAUGCUUCUUAAUAUGUUGCUAUCAGAUAAGUUACCGGAAAAUAUCACGUUCUUGAUGCCCAAUGAUCGAUUGCUAUCAAAUAUCUCAAUGCCUGAACAUGAAAUUGCUGAGUUCAUACAGAGGCAUUCAAUUCCUUCUCCUCUUCUUUUAGAUCAGAUGAAACAUUUUCCCACUGGUUCUAUGAUCCCAACAUCGAAACCCAAUUUUAUGCUCAAGAUCUCGAACAAUGGAAACAGAAGAAGCUUUUAUCUCAAUGAUAUCCUGAUUAUUAGCCCGGAUAUCUGCACCGCAGGGUUUUCAAUCAGAUGCCAUGGAAUAAAUGGGGUGCUGUUGAGUACAGAACCUGAGCAAAAUGGUACUGCAUUGCCUCCUUCAUCCCACUGUGUGACAAGUCCAAAUAGUGCACCUGGAGCUGAACCUAGUCCAACGCAGUCAUCACCUUUAGAAGAUUCCCAGGAUUUGGUUCCCGCAAUCGCCCCGUCACCCAAUCACACGGGAUUCCACACGUCAGAAUCCUCACGAGCACUUGUUGUACUGUUAUUGCACUCUGUAAUGACCUGUAUGAUACUGUCACUGGUGUACUACUAA